AUGGGUGAUUCAAGUUUGAUUCCUCAAAAGUUGAUUGAGUUUUUGGUUGACGAAGAUGACACUUCACUCAGCGACAGUGAAUCUGAGGAAGAAUAUGAAAUAGUCAACAAAGAGGAUCAACUUGAAACUGAAGGUGUUGAUGCUUUAGAAGCAAACAAUGAGAAUGAGAGGAGAGAUGAACUUUGUAUUGGAAUGGAGUUUAGUUCUGAUGAGACUGCGCAUAAAACUUAUUGUAAGUAUGCAGGCAGUCAUGGUUUCAAUGUAAGGAAACAAAGGAGGACGAAAAAAAAUAAAGAAGAUGAAGAUGAAAAGGUAGCAAGGAUUCUUUAUGUAUGCUCAAAAGAAGGGGUUAGGAAGGAAUCUAAGUUCAAAAGAUCUUAUACUCGACCAAUCACAAGGUGUGGUUGUAAAGCUCAUAUGGCUUGUUACCUUCAGAGUAGCGGUAGGUAUAAGAUUGUGUCUUUCGAACUGAAUCAUAACCAUGACUUAGUGAGGACACCUAUGAAGCAUUUGCUGAAGGGAAAUCGAGCAGUCACUGUCUCUCAAAAACAACAUGCUCAUGAUGCUGAGAUGUCAGGAAUUUCAGCAAAAGCAACUGUUGAAAUGAUGAGCAUGGAAGUUGGGGGAAGAGAAAUUCUAGGUUUUUUGGAGAAAGACUAUCGCAAUUACAUAUACCGUAAGCGGAUGGUAGCAAUGAUAAAAGGAGAUGCUGGAGCAGUUUUGGAAUACUUUCAGAAAAAGAAAGAAGAUAAUUCUUCUUUUUUUUAUUCAAUGCAACUUGAUAAACACGAUAUGAUCACUAAUAUCUUCUGGGAGGAUGAUCGGUCUAUAAGCGAUUACAAUCUCUUUGGAGACGUCAUUUGCUUUGACACAACUUAUAAGACCAAUGAGUAUGAUAGACCAUUUGCUCCAUUUGUCGGGGUUAAUCAUCAUAAGCAAACUGUUGUGUUCGGAGCUGCUCUCUUAUAUGAUGAAACGACUGAGUCUUUUAAGUGGCUUUUUGAGACUUUUCUUGGAGCAAUGUCUGGAAAACCACCAAAAACAAUUCUUACUGACCAGUCUGCAGCAAUGGCGAAUGCAAUAGUGAAGGUGCUUCCAGAAACAAAACAUAGGUUAUGUGUCUGGCAUAUUUACCAUAAUGCCGCCAAGAAUUUGAGUCGUGUAUUUCACGGACCAGACCAGUUUGCCAUGGAUUUUGGAAAGUGUGUAUAUGACCAUGAGGAAGAAGAAGACUGGUUAUUGGCGUGGAGUGAUAUGCUCAAUAAGCAUAUAUUGACAGAGAAUAAAUGUUUUGACUUGUUGACCUUCUUUACACACUAUGAGAGAGUGUUGGAUGAUAGGAGAUAUAAAGAAUUAGUUGCUGACUAUGCUAUGAUGCAUACUUCGCCGGUAUUAGUUGCUUCUGUAGAGAUGUUGCAGCAUGCAGAAGAAGUGUAUACCCCAGAAGUGUUUACCUUAUUCCAAAAGGAAUACACAGUCAUCAGUGAUUAUGUUGCAAAAAAGACCAGUAAGUCUGAGAUGGUGUAUGAAUACAAUGUAUCUUAUCGUGGGGUUGCACGAGAGCAUUUGGUUAAGUAUGAUGCUGCAAACCUAACAAUACAUUGUAGUUGCAUGAAGUUUUCAUUUGAUGGGUUCUUAUGUCGGCAUGCCUUGAAAGUGUUGGACAAAAAGAAUGUUAGAAGAAUUCCAUCUACUUACAUUCUGAAUCGAUGGAGUAAAGAGGCAAAAGCACGAACUAUAUCUUAUUAUCAUUCAGAGAUACCUAAAGAAGCAGUGAAGGAAUCGAUUGGAAAGCGAUAUAGCCAUAUUUGUCGUACUUUCCGUGAGAUUGCAUCUGUUGCUGCUGAACAUAUAGAACUGACAUCGUGCGUUGAUGAAGAUGCGAUUGAGUUGCUUAAAAAACUGGAGGAAAAGAAAAAAGACCUUGUGAGAGCUAAUAAAUGGAUGCUACAUAGUUCAGAGGAUAAACUUGUGGAAGAAGAAGAAGAAGAUGAGGACGUUCCAAAUGUACGUGGAAUAAAAAGGAAAAAUCCUGUUGGACGACCAAAGAACCAACAAAAUGGACUCCAUGGUCGAUUUAAAGGUGUUCUUGAAAAGAAAAAGCGUGGUACAUCAAAAUCAUCAAGUAAGGCCAGAGUAAAGAAAAUGUUAUCAUUUCAGGAAUCAACUUCUAUUCCCGAUACACAGUCCACCGAUCCGAUCUUACAUAAUGAGCCACUUAUCUCUCAAGAACCCCAGUCAACUGUUGCUGUCACCAAUCCGACAUUACCUAGUGGGUCAUUUUUCACGCAAUUACUCCAGGACUUCGACAAGAAUUAUGGCGAUGGUUCAUCGAAAUUCUUUGACAAGAAUUAUGGCGAUGGGUCAUAG